GCUGGACGAAGCCCUCGUCCGUCCUGGACGGGUAGACAUGACGAUUGAGUUCAGGCGAGCGAAUAAUCGACAUCUUACAAAAAUGAGCGACAUCUUACCGAAGUCACGGUCCAACGGCGGUGACAUGGAUAGACAUAGUGUCCAGUCUAAGCACACGGCGAACGACAACUCAACGCAAGAAUUCGAGACGCCGUCCGAAGAUGCGAACCUUUCGCAAUUGGCAGAUAGUUUCGCGGGAAUGCUGCCUGGUGGCGUCUUCAGCCCAGCUCAGAUUCAAGGUUUCCUUCUGACUCGCAAGAAAGAUCCUGCCAAAGCUGUGCAAGAUGUUACUGGCUGGCGAGAUGACCAGCUUGCCAAGGAGGAAUCGAAGCCAUAA